UAUCUCUCUCUCUAUCUCUCUCUAGGAGGAGAAAAUCAACUACUUUUGUGCCUCUUGUUAUUCCGUGUUCUUAAUUCUGAGAGAGAAGGGUUGGUUGGAAUUGGUAUAUGUUUUGCUUUUCUUUCACCAAGUCAUCAACCCCUCUUCUUUUGCCAACGGAAACCUGAAUAAAACCCUUUCAUUUCUAUAUAUACAUAUAUAAUAUCUAUUUUCUAUAUAUUUUCUGAUCCAUAUUCGAGCUGAUUCAAUUACAGCCAUGGCCACGACUGGAAACAAGAGCAUCAACGCCAAAUUGGUGCUUCUGGGGGAUGUUGGAAGUGGAAAAUCUAGUCUGGUGUUGCGUUUUGUCAAAGGGCAAUUUGUUGAAUUUCAGGAAUCAACUAUAGGUGCUGCCUUUUUCUCGCAAACAUUGGCUGUAAAUGAUGCAACUGUGAAGUUCGAAAUAUGGGAUACAGCAGGUCAAGAGAGAUACCACAGCUUAGCGCCAAUGUACUAUAGAGGAGCUGCAGCUGCAAUAGUUGUUUAUGAUAUAACAAAUCAGGUUUCAUUUGAUCGGGCAAAAAAAUGGGUUAUAGAGCUUCAGUCACAAGGUAAUUCAAACAUGGUUGUGGCACUUGCUGGUAAUAAAGCUGAUUUGCUAGAUUCGAGAAAGGUGGCUACGGAGGCAACUGAAGUAUAUGCAAGGGAUAAUGGCCUUCUCUUCAUGGAAACCUCUGCUAAAACUGCAACUAAUGUCAAUGACAUUUUCCAUGAAAUAGCGAAGAAACUACCAAGGGUUCAGCCACAAACCAACCCAUCAGGAAUGGUUCUUAUGGAUAGAUCAACGGAGAGGGCAGCAAGUGCAUCUUGUUGCUCUUAAAGUUCUUUGGCACUUCUCAUCAAUGCUUACAUGUAUAUAUUUUUUUUUAUCUCACUCAAACAUAAGGAUUUAUCCCUACUUUUCCUAAUUUGUGUACUGUUGCCGGAAUUGUACAUAGUUUCUGUUUGUUUCCAAGCAGGGAAUGGUGUGCUUCAAUCUUGCUUUUAAAUAUGUUGUGAUACUUGAACAUUAAGGAAUAAGUGUUCCCAGGAACAUAGCUUGAUGAUUGUACUUUGAA